UUUCCGCGUCGUUGAGUUGUGCAUUUGGUUGUCAGUUUACAAAUGACAAAUUGAAAAUGAUUUUAAAUUUAGCGAAAACACAACACAUCCUUGGCGCGCAGAGUGUGUUGCUCUUAUUCGGUGUAGGUUGUCUUGUUAGUGGCGCGACGCAUGAUGAAUUGCCACAGUGCAGCCUCUCGGGUGUUUAUAAGACACGACAGAGCGUUGUGGAGUCACCGAAUUAUCCAAAUAAUUAUCCGACCAGCACCUGUUGGGAUUACGUGAUACGCUCGCCUUACCGUUGUCCAACAAAGUUCCAUAUACAAUUCUUAGAUUUUCAUCUUGAAUCAUCGCCGAAUUGCACAAACGAUUACUUGGCCAUUGGUGUGGAGAAUGAUGGCGAUGAUAUGGAUUUGCUAUGCGGUCAAGUAAUUGGCAUUAAAAAGUAUCACACACCAGGCGGUAUAUUGCGGCUGCGUUUCUUUUCGGACAGUUCGCCAUGGACGACGGCGCGCGGUUUCAAAUUGUUGAUCACACGUUUGGCUUGCGAGCGCGAGGAUUAUUUACGCGAAAACCUCGAUACAAAUGACGAGGAUACCGAGGAGGUAUUAGCGCCUUCGUCGAAUUUCCAACCACCGCAGGCCAUUAUUCCGCAAUUAUUUCGUAAUUGGACACAAGUGGAACAGCAUAGACCGUAUCCUACACCGCCGUUAUUCGGUUGGAACUUACCAGCGCCGCCACCGCCCACUAUUGGUAAUUUAUACGGGCCGUUGCCAAUUCCGCAAUACAAUAAACUCACCGAAAGCAUUAAGCCUUGCAAACCCGAGCAAACAUAUUUGAGUCCAUUUCCGGCAUAUCCACAAUAUCCAGCCUUGGGUUAUAGGAGUAAUGACGUGCAGAAGCCUGUGAGUUCUGAUCAGUAUGUCGGUGAUUGGCAGUUGGGCGCGCAAGCUAAGCAAUUGGGUGGAGAACAAGAGCAGACAUUGAAAACUAAAUCUUUGGUUAAGUCGGUGAGUGAUCCGCAACCGCGUCAACAAUUUUUCGGUGCCGCUUUGCCUGGGGCGCAACUUGCUGGCUUGCACCCUAGCGCGCUGUCACCACUUAACCCGCCGUUUGGCGUUGCUCCUUUUGGUGCUUCGCAGCCACCAACCUUAGAGGAUGGUAGUGCGCUAUUCGAUAAUACUCAAGGAGUCGUUACAACGGCAUCUACACAGCAUUGCUGUACAUCAUCCUUUCAUCAGAAGCGCUUCUAUCUCUCCAGCCCGGGAUUUCCACGCACUGCUUUCACGUCACUCUUGCCAACGCAACAACGUGAUUGCCAAUUUGGCUUGGAAAAGAAUGCUGAUAACAUAUGUCGCCUGCGCGUGGAAUUCAAAUUUUUCGAUUUUGGUCAAACUUAUGUGGGCACUGGCGCAACGCAGGGCAAUCUCAAUGUGGCCAUCAGCACAAGUAGAGAUGUCUGCACCGAAGACUUCAUCGAAAUCAAUGGUGAACGCUUUUGCGGCUGUCGCACUGGCUAUAUUUACACAAGCCCUUGGGGCUUAGGCGCUAAACAGAUACGUAUGCGUAUGGGCUAUUCGGGAGUAUCAUCGAGUGGUUUCUUGCUUGAGAUCUACCAAGAGGAAUGUCAAGAGACCGCCUUCGUACAGCCGCAACGUCCAGCACAUGAUACUCCGACAACUAUUUCACGUCCGAGCCAAGUUGGCGUCGGUCAACAAAAUGUCAUUAACAACAAAAAUGUAAAUAACCCUCUGCAACAAACCAUAUUUAGUCAACAACAAUUGCCCGUCUAUCAGCAGCCACCUUACUUUGCGCAAUCACCACAAACACUCAUAUCACCAGAUCAGAUACCAUAUCGUCCACUUCAAACUCCAACCGUUAAUCCCUUCUUGGCCGCACAACAGCAGCAAUUCUGGCCACCGGUCCCACAGCAGCCAUUGGCCGGCCUGCCAAGCCCAUUCCCACCGUUUGGUGUGCCGCCAGUGCCGCUUUACCGUCAUGCGCGCACUUCGAGCUCGAUUGCAGCGGCGAGCACACAACAACCAAUGACCGUCGUCGAGACUAAUUCGACACGCAAAGAAUACUAUUACUAUGAUGGCGACGAGGCGUUUGGUCGCCUACGUGCCGGCGAUGAGCCGGACGAUGUGGAUCGCAAUGGAGUAACGCCGUCGGCAGGGGUGCGCGAUCGUUGCAGUUACACGACAAUGGAUGCGCUACGCUUGACCGUGGACACAUUGUGGAUAACCAAGCCCACUUGUUAUGCACCGUUGCGCAGUUGGUUUAGCAACAUUUUCGGUUAAGCAGAUGCCGAUAUUGACACCCGAAUUCUUAUGUAAUAAAGAGAUUAUGCUGUGUACACAAGUGUGUGAGAUAAACGAAAUAAAAUCGCCGAGCUGCUCGCGCUCAAAUAAAUUUAGACCUCCAAA